UCCCGGAAAACCAGCUAGUUGCGCGAGCGCGGAAAUUCGGACGCGAAGUUACCACGAACGAUAUUACGUGCCUCGAAAGUUGACUGUUUCGGUGACGUUAAAUAAAUAUAACAACCCCCACGUCCAGGGUACGGAUAACGUUUCACAUCAGAGUACGUUUUAAAGUGUUCCGUGGACUAAAAAUUCGAUUACCCGGAACCGGGGAGACGAUGGCGAUAUAAAAAUGGCCGCGUUAAAAUUCGUGACGUCGGCGAUGACGCCGAGCGUCCGCUUCUAUCUCGUCGUCGUCGUGGCCGCGGGCGCAGUGGCCGCGUUGCAAGAGGAAUGGACCGGGGGCAACGUGGAAGAGCCGGAGUUCGCAACCCCCAUACAUAAUUUAACCAUCCCCGUCGGCAGAGAGGCAGUCCUGUCGUGCACAGUCAAUAAUCUGGGGAAAUAUAAGGUGGCUUGGGUAAGGGCAGAGGACCAGACCAUUCUAAGUCUCCACACCAAGGUGGUCACACAUAAUAAUCGUAUCGCGGUAACCCACGAUAACCUAAGCACGUGGCAGUUGCGGAUCAGACAGUUGAAAGAGACGGAUCGUGGCUGCUACAUGUGCCAGAUCAACACCGCUAUAAUGAAGAUUCAAAAGGGUUGCUUGGACGUCUAUGUUCCGCCGGACAUAAUCAAUGACGACACAAGUGGGGACCUCUCCGUGGCCGAAGGUGAAAACGCAACCCUUUGGUGCAAAGCUACCGGUCACCCGCUGCCGCGUAUCACCUGGAGGAGGGAGGACGGUCAGCCGAUCACACUAAGAAAAGGUCUAAGGGAAUAUACUAGAGUCGAAGCCUACAACGGGACGAAUCUCCAUUUUUGGAAACUAGAGAGGAGACAGAUGGGAGCUUACCUCUGUAUCGCUAGCAAUGACGUCCCUCCAGCUGUCAGCAAAAGGAUUGCACUCAACGUUAACUUCGCGCCGGUGAUAAAAGUGCCGAACCAGCUGCUUGGCGCACCCCUCAAUACCGACGUGCAACUAGAGUGUUACGUCGAGGCGUUCCCCAACACUAUCAAUUACUGGAUUAAAAACAGGGGCGAGAUGCUAUUGAACGGGAGCAAGUACACCAUACGCGAAGAUAGGAGCGGCUAUAAGGUGUUUAUGUGGCUCAUCAUCAGGUCGUUUUCGCCGGCAGACAUCGGCACUUACAACUGCGUCUCUACGAAUUCGCUGGGACGCGCGGAAGGAACGCUGAGGCUUUACGAAAUCAAAGUCACCCCAGGCAGCCCUCACGACAGUCAUAUGAGUAUCGUAGGCGGUCUGGCAGAACCUGCGAGAGGUCACAUCACCAACCGGUGUUCCAUCACAACAUCGUCAUCUACUCUCGUCGUCAUCGCCUAUAUUUUGACGGUAAUGGAAAGUUGUACAAGGGUUAGAUGAUUUAGCUGCGUUAUUUUGGAAGGGGGUGUUUCGUAUUUGUGGCGGACGCGCCGGGAUAUUGGAAAUUACGUUUUUCUUCGUGGGGCGACUGUGAUAAUUUUCUUAGGCCCCGGCUCAAUUGUUCAAGUUCGUCGACAGCAUUAAGAGUUGUAUUAAAAUUAACGGCCAAAUAUUAGUUCGUUUAUUACAAAAGAUUGUAUACGACUCGCAGGUUUGUUAUUGAUAUUGUUAAAAUAAAUCCUGUACAUUUUGCUCAGUGCCCGCUCCUAACCGAAGAGUUGUGAACUAUACAUAUUUGUACAUAACGCGUAACUCCGUUAGUGUACCUACUCGUGUUAGUUGUAAGUAUCAAGUUCAGCAGUUGUAUAUACGUAACAGGUGACCCAAACUUAACUUGCGAAAUUUUACCGUGUUGUUCAAAUUUCGACGCUAUAGUUCAGGACAGUGUCUUCUUGAUGAAGGAUUUCUCGACCUAAUUAAGAGAUGCGGAACACAGUGAUGUUUUUCUACGUUAAGUUCGGAUCACCCUAUUAAAUAUAGUUUCUCUACCGUGUGUCUACCGAAUACUUAGGCGUUGACUGGUAUGUUGUAAAAUAACAUCAGCAAGGGUUUUCAGGCCUAAUUCAUUUGCCCUUAUGCUCAAUUACUAUUGUCCUGUAUGUAUGUACGGGUACAGUCGUAAAUACCUAUUGACAUGUUUUCUUUGGUGUGUACAGGUUCAUUUAUACGCGGUGCCGCAUAUAGGACGCCGCAUCUUUUGAGCGAAUCUUUUCUAUAAAAGUUCAGUUUUAAUUUUAGACUCCUUAUGGCUUCUCAUCCGCAAAUCGAUGUAUAAAACGCAGGUGUGCAGUAUUUUCUAUAAAUAAAUUUUUUUUGAAUGACUGAUGUGUUUGGAGACUUUCCUCUCGUCUAUUCGCGAAUUUGUUCCCCGAUGGUGGCGCUGCUAACAGUAAACAAACAAUACGAUAAAAAUACCUACCAAACUCUAUAUACCUCCAUGAGACCGACUACAGCGAAAUCAGACACACACAGUACUAAAUCUAAAAUCCAAAAAAUCUGAAUUUGAUGGUAUAUGGGCGGAAACACUCAAAGAGUAGAUUUUAUUGUGAAACCCCUCAAAAAUUGUAAAAACGGCUAUAGUUCGACCACUGUAUAAAUCUGGCGACAAAACAAAACCAACAAAUUAUAGACCAAUCUCCUGACUCUCAAACUUCGCAAAAAUUUUUGAAACAAUAAUAAAAAAGGGAUUGUUAGCUUUUUGAAAAAUUUAAUCCACCCAAGAUGCCAUUACAAAAUCUAUAAAUCAUUGGAUAUAAAUCUUAAAUCACUUUGCAUUUAUUUAGAUAUUAAGAAAGCAUUCGAUAGGGUAAAUCAGAAGAAGUUGAUUGACGUUUUGGUAGGUAUUGGAUUUAGGGAAGUAGCCUUAAAUGUGUCAUCUAAGAUGGUGUGCUUAGUUGUGAAAGGAAGGUUGAAUAUGGGGUUCCACAAGGAACUUGUUGAGUCUCUUUGUUCCGUACUUUAACGAUAUGUUCAAAUGAGUAUAUUUUCAAUUUUACAACUUUUCAAAAACUGUUUUCCUCCCAUUCUGCUGUGAUUCGCGUACCUUUCAAUAAAACACCUAAAAAUGUUGUAUAGUGCAUUAGCUGAAACACAUCUCACAUACGGUCCCUUGGGGUGGGGUGGUUGGACUAAUAACUACUACAGAAAAAUUGAAAGCGGAACCUUUGACAAGCUGAUUCUACUUGCAUAAGCGGUAAUAAAGCAGUAUUCGGUUUAUACAAAAUGAUAUAAGAACAUCUUUAUUGUACAUGUAAUUUUAAUUCGGUGUACCGCAGGGACCGAUAAAGGGCAUUUUUAUUAUGUUUUUAAUCAACAUAAACUAUACAAUAUAAACUUAUUUCCGAUUUGGAUUAAUAUGUUUGCAGCCAGGAAUAUCAUUCAAUUGUAAAAUGGCAACAAAUACCUUACCCGUAACUAGUAGUUUUUGUUGGCCCCUCUACAUUUGAGUAGUUCUAAGGUUAAGAAAAAACAAAUUAAGUUUUUAUCCCAUAUUUCAGCGGAACCGAUAAAAUGACCUUUUUUAUGAAAUAAUAAACAAGGCUUCAUAACUUUCUUAUACCAUGCUUUUAAGGCAUACCUUGUGCAUUAAUAACUAUGUAAUCUACAUAUGUGAC